UAAUUAGUCACAGUGGAAAUAGCUAUCGAAAAUAAAGCAAGCAUUUCGCGGUGUGUCUAUUUUCUUUGCUUAAUUGGCUCAUCUAAUCCUAGUCUGCAUAUUUUGUGAAAAAUAGAACUUGAGUUUUUUGUGUACUUCAAACAGAUCCCGUUAAGCUUACGUAAAGCGCAAAGAAGAAUGUCACGCAAAGGAGACGCCGAUAACAGCUCAAUUUAUUCGUUGGCUGAUGACAAAUUAAAGCCGGAUUAUAAGAAUUUUGUUGUGUGUCCUUAUGAUAAACAUCAUGUAGUUUUGGCUUGCAGAUUGGCAACACACCUAGUUAAAUGUAGCGCCAAUCAUCCGGGAAACAGAAUGGUGAGAUGUCCGUUCAACUCUACACACGUGUUGCAGGCGUCGUUUUUAAGCACACAUGUUUUAACAUGUCCUAAUCUCAAGGAUUUGAUGCACUUUACAAACAAAGAGACAUUCCGAUCGCCGGAUCAAAUGGCUGGUCGUGUGGAAUACAUAUAUUGCCAGGAGAACUGGAAUGAUGAACCUGAAACGAAAGUCUACGAUCCACAAGAACAUUGCUCGAAGAACAUACUGUUGAGAAGUUUAGUGGGCGGCACGCCAUCUCAGCGCAAGGAGUUCCGAGAGACGGAGCGAAAGAAAUUCAAAGAACUAAUGGAAUGCAAUGAGCUGUAAAAUUAAUAAUAUAAUAAGCGUAAAAAUAUGUAAACAUACAUACCUGCAUACAUAAAACUUAUUUAACGGUGAAAUGCGGCAUAUACUUGAGCAGUGUUGUAGGUUCUCACAAAUAGUAUUGGAAAGCGUUGAAAAGUUUUUAUUUUGAUUUGCUAAAACGGCAGUUGUAAUUCAAUUUCACACGAAACAAAUUUCUGAAAUAUAUAAUUGUUAUUCUUGAUUUAA